GAUUAUUUUUCUAAAAAUGAAUUAUCUGUCAACGUUAACCAAAUUUAAUUAAAAGAAAGCGCUCAGCAAAAAUGAUUUCGACGCCUUAAAACGAAAAUAAUGGACCCGAAUUUCUCGUCGAAAAUCUUCGACGUGUGCAGAACAUGCCUGCGCGAAAUAAACCACGGAUCCAAGAUCUCGUACCUCGACACCGUUCCAUUGAAUCCCGAAUCGGCUACCAUAACGACCAAGCUGAAAGACUGCGUCCCGGAGCUGGAUCUUAGCGUUACGCCGAACGCGGCCAUCUGUGGCGAGUGCACUGAGGCCAUCAAUCUCACGCACAAGUUCAAGAAGCGAUGCCUGAAGUCGGAGAAGGACAUACGGAAGUACGUGCGGUGGAUGGGGAUCGCGCUGAAGCGCGUCGAUCUCGUGCAGAUGCUGCACGUUAAUAAGAUCCGCGCCAACAUUCGACCGUUUCCAGUCGCGGCGGCUCAGCAAAGCUUGGCGGCGACCAACAAGUCGACUGCGUCCGAGGCUCCGCCGGUUCAGAUUAAGCAGGAGAUUCCGGAGUGCAAUGUCGAAAUUGAAGAGCAAGAGCCGGAACCGAUUCGAGAGCCCGAACCAGUUCCGGAAACGGAGGCUAUGUUUUCGGGUAACAUUAAAGAGGAGCAGGUGGACGCGAGUUACGAAGCCGAGGGGGAAAUCGAGUGCGAUGCCGAGUACGUCAAUUCGGGGCCCGACAGUCCGGAGCCGACACUGGUAAUCGACAAGGUGGAGACGAUUCUGAAGGAAGGGGACGCGCCCAGUUCGACGGACGCGGCGAAGGUGUGUGACGAUGAGCCUGCCAAGGUAGAAGGGGAUCCGUUUAAUCCGCAACGUUACAUUCGCAAACUUUUCGGACGGCCCCUGUAUGACUGCGGAAUUUGCGGUUACAAGACGAAUUUGAAACGGCGCCAUCUGUUGCAUAAGAAGUUGCACGACGAGAACCGACUUUUGAAGUGCAAGGAGUGCGACUACGUCUGUGCGCAGAAAAGUAAUCUUAACGUUCACAUGCGGAUACAUACGGGGUUUAAGCCGUACAAGUGCGAGCAGUGCGAGUACUCGACCGUCUCGAAUUCGGCGUUGAUCGUGCACCGGCGCAUUCACACGGGCGAAAAGCCGUACGCGUGCAAUGUCUGCGGUUACAUGUCGAUCUCGAAAUCCGCGCUAACCGUUCAUAACCGCAUACACUCGGGGAGCAAGCCGUACCGUUGCACCAUCUGCACGUACCGUACGGUCACGAAAUCUUCGCUAACGGUUCACAUGCGGACCCAUACGGGCGAUCGCCCCUACAAAUGCCACCUGUGCCCGUACACGACUACCGCGAAGUCGGCCCUGAACGUUCACAUACGCAUUCACGAGGGCUACAAGCCGUUUCAGUGCUCCGAGUGCGAGUACCGUUGCACCCAGCGCAGCGGGCUCAUCGUGCACAUGCGCAUCCACACCGGCGACAAGCCGUACCACUGCGAGGAGUGUGAGUACCGUUGUAGCAACCGGAGCAGCUUAGUCGUGCACAUGCGGAUUCACUCGGGUGAGACGCCCUACAAGUGCACCGAGUGCGAGUACAGCACCGCGUCGAAAUCCUCCCUGAAUGUUCACCAGCGAACGCACGGCGACAAUAAACCGUUCGUGUGCGUCGAGUGCGGUUACAAGUGCGCGCAGCGGAGCGCCCUAAACGUUCACAUGCGCAUCCACACCGGCGACCGCCCCUACCAGUGCGCCCUCUGCGAUUACCGCUGCAGCUACCGCGGCAAUCUCAAGGUGCACAUGCGCGUCCACACCGGCGAGACCCCCUACCAGUGUUUCGUCUGCGGCUACAGCACGACGGCGAAAUCGGCGCUCGUCGUCCACACGCGAAUCCACACGGGCGAAAAGCCCUACCACUGCACCGAGUGCCCGUACAAGUGCAGCACGAAGAGCAGCCUCAAGGUGCACCUGCGCGUCCACACGGGCGAAACGCCGUACCAGUGCACGGUCUGCGAUUACAAAACGUCGGCGAACUCCGCCCUCGUCGUCCACAUGCGGACCCACACCGGCGAAAAGCCGUACAGGUGCAGCGAGUGCCCGUACCGCUGCAGCAACAAGUCGAGCCUAAAGGUCCACUUCCGCACUCACACCGGCGAGACGCCCUUCAAGUGCACCUACUGCGACUACAGCUCGAGCUCGAACUCCGCGCUGGCGGUCCACAUCCGCAUACACACCGGCGUCAAGCCGUACCAGUGCAACGACUGCACCUACCGCUGCAACAACAAGAACAGCCUAAAGGUCCACAUGAAGAUGCACCAAGGCCGUCGACCGUACAAAUGCCAAAUCUGCUCGUACGCGUACAAAAAGCGCUUCGUCUUGAAACGCCACAUGCACGUCCACGCCAAGGAGCAGCUGCUGAAGCAGCUCGGAAUUAACCCGGAGACGGAGGAGGCCGCCGAAGCCACUCCGCCGGUCGUUAAGGAGUACGUAAGCGACGAGGAACCCGUACCGCCCGAGGAGGAGGACAGCAAAACGCAGUUGGCGCUUCAAUUAUAAACAAAAAACAAACGUUAUUCUUAUAAAGAACUCUAUAUCUAAAGUUGAUGUAUUAUUAUUAUUAUUAUUUACGAUGUAAUUGGUUUGUGCUAUUUUGAUAUCAAUUGUAGACGGUAUUAGUGUUUUGUUUUAAUUUUGACAUAUUUUAUCGCAUUUAAUUCAUAUUCUUUCGUACUUUACGUUAUUGGUAACAUUAUUUUUAAAAUAAAUGACAUAUUUA